AUGCUCGUGACCUAUUUGGAAACCAGCCGGGACCUUUGCGAGACAGACUCAAUUCUUUUUGGCACCGCACUGGCAGUAUGCCGUAUUAUUGGCGCCAAACUUCCCAUGGCUGGACGUGCUACUCAACAAAGUAGCGCCAUCCCAGCCUGGAGAAAAAGAAUCGAGGACCGUAUCGCCAUGGCAAGGGCCCUUAUCGGCAGACUCACAAGCUUUAGGUCGGGUAAUAAUAGACCGAGAGUUGUGCGCAACGUUAGAAUGGCGUUUGCUGGGACAAAUAUUAGUUUGUCCCAGCCGGAUAUCACGCAGAAACUAACGGAGCGCAUAGAUGAUCUGAAGCAAAAAAUCGCUGCUUGGCGGAAGCGGAUUCGACGAUUUAGCGAGAGGUCAAGGCCGUUCAACCAGAAUCGUCUCUUCCAGAGUGAUCAGAAGAGGCUCUAUAAAUCAUUGGAGCGACUAGAGAUACUCUCACAGAAUACCAGCGUGAAAUAG